AUGAGUGUUGUUCCAUAUGCAUAUGAAUGUUAUAAGUCUAGCGUACUUCAAUAUAAAGAAUAUACUCUCAGAAUUACUGAUAAUGCUUUAGUCAUACAUAAAGAAGGUGCUGAUGAAGACAUUACCAUCGGUCCUGGUAUAUUACCUAUCGAACAACCAGAUGGUACCAUUGUUGAAACAGACUUAAAUCAAUACCUUCAAGCGUUACAGAAUCGUGUGACAAGAGUUGAGAAUAAUUACUUAGAUGCUCCAUUCUUCAGAACUGAUAGAGAUUAUAUGUUUUCAUGUAUGGCGAGUAAUGGUUUGCAAGAAACUCGUGAGGUAAAUAUUAAUGAAGCAUUAGAGACUAUAAUAUAUCAUGUCAAACGGUUAUUAUCGAUUGACCAUGGAGUUCAUUUUGACCCAAGGUCUACACUGUUCAAUAUACCAAUGAUUGAAAACAGUCAAUUAACAUUUAAAGAAGAUACAUUGUAUAAUGCUUUAAACGCAGCAUUUGCUUAUAUAUUAGGUCAUGAACAAGUACAAAAUAGUGGUAUUGCAAUAUACUUAGAUAAAGUUAUGUUAAAGAAACCAUUGACAUUCACAGAAGAUGGUCCAAAAGCAACUGGUAUUGUUGGUGAUGGAACAUUAUUGACGAAAGAAUACUUAGCAAGUCAUGUCGGAGAAUUUUUCUCCACUAAUGAUAGCAUCAGUACAACACCAGAAGUUAUUUUAUUGAAGAAACCAAUCACAUUUGAUGUUAAAGGAAAGACAAAAGCAACUGGUAUAGCUGGCGAUGGAGUUCUUCUGACUAAGGAAUACUUGAAGAAAAAUAUCAAUGACUUCGUUGAAAUUGUCAAAGAUAAAGAAUCUGGUCUUAAGUUCAACCCUUUAUCAUUCAUCUUUGCCAUAGCAAACGCUGGAGCUACUGCAGCCUCAUGGAUAUCACUCCAGAGUCAAAUAAAUGCUCUUUGGGCUUUUGUUGAAAGUCAAGAAG